UCGGCUGGUGUGUGAUCAGUGAGCAAGCAAGCAAGCAAGCAAGCAAGCAAGAAGCAAGCAAGAAGCAAGCAAGCAAGAAGCAAGCAAGAAGCAAGCAAGAAGCAAGCAAGAAGCAAGCAAGAAGCAAGCAAGAAGCAAGCAAGCAAGCAAGCAAGCAGCAAGCCAGCAAGCAAGCAGAACCAGUACUGAACAAGGCGAUGUCGGAAAGCUGGGGAUACGGAGUAGACAACGGUCCGGUCCACUGGGCAGACAAAUUCCCCGUGGCUAAGGAUGGUCGCCGGCAGUCGCCCAUCGAGAUCAAGAAUGCGGAAACCAAGCACGACCCGGCUCUGACCGAGCUGAUCCUCAGUUACGACCCGUCUACCGCCAAGAGCCUCGUCAACAACGGCCACUCGGUCCAGGUGGAUUUCGACGACAGCGAAGAACGGUCGGUAUUGUCGGGUGGUCCCAUUCAAGGUAAAUAUAGGCUUCGUCAGUUCCACUUGCAUUGGGGAGCCCGUGACGGACACGGCAGUGAACAUGUAGUAGAUGGACAAGCUUACUCUGCAGAGCUCCACCUGGUACACUGGAAUGCAGAUAAGUAUGAAAGCUUCGAACUAGCGGCUCAAGCACCCGAUGGCUUGGCUGUGAUCGGCGUCUUCCUACAGGUAGCUAAACAUAAUCCAGCGUUGAAAAGACUCAUCAGUUCCCUGGAUUGUGUUCAAGAGAAGUGUUUAAGAAUUGAGUUCAACGACUUUAAUCCUCACACACUACUGCCGCCAUCGCUUCAAUUUUGGACUUACCUAGGAUCUCUGACAACGCCUCCUCUGUAUGAAAGUGUCAUCUGGAUUGUGCUUAAGGACCCUAUUCAUAUCAGCAAGGAACAGAUCGCCAGGUUCCGCACCCUGCAGUUCACGGGGCCAGACCACCUCAUGAAGGAUAACUUCCGCCCUCCCCAGCCUCUGAAUAACAGGGAGGUGCUAAGAAAUUUUCAAUGAGGACGAGGAUUUGCACACAGCCAGCAACUUGCAUUCCUGAACUAAUCUGAGCAAUAGUCUGUCACCAUCCUUCUGUUCCCUUUCCCCAUGCAGUUAGAAUGAGUGUAGUGGGCAGCCAUCUCUGAGCACAAACAAACAUGGUUUAUAAGAUUAUGGCUGUCAAAGUUUCUGUAUCUCCAUGAAUCUUGCCACUUCAAAUUUAAAAUGAAUUAGUUUGUAUUGAAAAUGGGACUUGAAAGUCGUCUAAAGAAGUGAAGGAUUAAUCAAUAGCACUGAAUAUAUUUUCCAAGCUUUAAAUGAAAUUGAUUUUCUCUGUGAUGUUACCUACAGGAUAAUUUACAAAGCUAAUUAGAUUAAAUGUUUUUAAAAAGAACUCAUUCACAAAAUGGUCUUUUGACCAAUGCAAUAAGAGUUAUAAGCCAUAGGAAUGAGUCAAUAAAUGUGUUACACUGCCUCGCGGUACUGCUGUGUCUUUUUUUAAACAAUUGUAUUCCCAUGUGGUAAGAGUAUGUUGAAGGCUGGAAAACCUUAUUAACCUGCACUGUAACCUCACUGUUAUCUGCUGCUUCCUGUUCACGAUUACGGACAGAAUCUAUCUCAAGGGGGUGGGGGGGGCUUUGAUCUUCGCAAGUUAUAGGAGUAGAAUUUGGCCAUUCGGCCCAUCAAGUCAUAGAUUGAUACAGUGUGGAAACAAGCCCUUCAGCCCAACUUGCCGACACAUGUCCCAAAUCCACUAGUCCCACCUACUUGUGCUUGGUCCAUAUCCCUCCAAAACUGUUCUAUCCAAGUACCUGCCGAACUGGCUCUUAAACAUUGAGAUAGUUCCAGCCUCAACUACCUCCUCUGGCAGCUUGUUCCAUACACCCACCACCCUUUGUGCGAGUCUACUCCGCCAUUUAAUCAUGGCUGAUCUCUGCCUCCUAAUCCCAUUUUCCUGCCUUCCCCACAAACAAAUGACCACUUGUGAUUCCUGAAGAGUGCCUGUUACCACUACAUCUCAAUUCUCCUGCUGCUGAAGCCAUUCUUCAAAUUAAUUGCAAUCUUUCACCUUGAUUGCUGCUCUACUGAUUGUCGUUACUCCCCUUUCUUACUCUUAAUAACUUAAUCAAAACUAGAUUGUAUUCUCCCCAGCACACCUUAUUGACCUUGUUUUUUGUACUCCGAUCGUUAAGGCAGGAGCUCACCCAGUAGCUGAGCCGUUUAGUGUUUGGUGUUAAUCUCUGAGAACAAAUUACUGUGCAAUUCCUUGUUUAAUUGUUUGUAAUGGGAUGAUAUAAAGCAUUGGAAUGAUAGCUUUGAACUACCAGUAAAUGAUCCAUAAACUAAA